UGGUUUCGGAACAAUUGAACUGAACGCCCGCGUUUCAACAAUGUCGGGCGAAGAUGGCAGCAACAAGCAGGCUAACAACAGGUGGCGGGUCUUGGCAGGUGCAUCUGUGGUUUCCACUUCGAUUGGGCUCUAUUUGAGGUUUCAUCACCUGCUGUCCAUCGCCAGCUUGAGGAGGAAUCAUGACAGCAUCGUUGAGAUGGUCGACCAACAUCCAGUUUUGGCGCCACUUUGCUACAUUGGCGUUCUUGUUGCUGUGAUCGGCAUCACUUGUCCAGGAGCCACGAUGCUCAGUUUCCUUGGUGGCGUGCUCUUCAAGCAGCCAUAUGCCAGCAUGUAUGCCUACAUUGGCUACAUCGUUGGGGCGACGAUUUCAUAUUUUGUCACAACUUUUGUGCUGGGGGACUACAUGCGGAAACGACUGGCCGCAAACUCCCAGCUCUAUCAGAAGUUCGAGGCCAAUGUCCGUCGCAAUGCCUUUGCUUACCUUGUAGCUGCGCGCUACACCAUGGUCUUCCCUUUCUUUUUCGUGAACGGAGCAGCCGCCUUGGUCGGGGUUCGAUGCAGGACUUUCAUUGCCGCGACCUCUGUGAGCUGUAUUCCGGGCUCCGUAAUUUACACCACUGCAGGGGGCGCGCUGGCCAACUUGCUACAUAAAAUGACUGAUGAUGAGGAACUGGACAAAAGUCAGUUGAUUUGGGCAGCUCUGAGUGAUAGCAAUGUGAAGAUUUGCAUGGCGGGCGUCACAUGUGCGCUCAUGGUGGUAGCCAUCAUCCAGUUCACUCAGUCGGAGGAGAAAUCCAAGGGAUCCUGAAAUCCUGUCCUGAGCUGAAACGAGUCGCUGCAUGGUGGGGCCCCACUGGAAAUGGCUUCAAGCCAAGCCUUAGAGCCUUGGUCCAUUUCCGGAAGGUUGGCCGACUCACAUGGAGAAAAAAAA